AUGUCUUCGCUUCAGGUCCUGGAGCUACAGGCUGUUAGAAUAGGCCACCUGACCAUACACCAGAGAACACACACAGGAGAGAAACCUUACAGCUGUUAUCAGUGUGGGAAAAGAUUUACCUCAUCUAGCCACCUGACCAUACACCAGAGAAUCCACACAGGAGAGAAACCUAAUAGCUGUGAUCAAUGUGGGAAGAGUUUUGUUACAUCUAGCUGUCUGACCAUACACCAGAGAAUACACAUUGGUGAGAAACCUUACCACUGCUCUCACUGUGGAAAGAGUUUUGUUACAUCUAGCUGUCUGACCAUACACCAGAGAAUACACACUGGAGAGAAACCUCAUUGCUGCUCUGACUGUGGGCAGAGAUUCAUCUUUUUAGCAGAUCUUAAAAUACAUCAGAGAAUCCACACAGGAGAAAAACCUUACCACUGCUCUGACUGUGGAAAGAGUUUUGUUUCAUCAAAAAAUUUAAAAUCACACCAGAGAACACACACAGGAGAGAAACCUUAUAGCUGUGAUCAAUAUUCCGUGUGGUGUUUGAGCUGCUAG